UGCUGGCUCAAAAAAUUACGAUAUGCAGUGCUUCUAUAUGGCGAAAUUUGCCCCUUUGACAGGAUGACAGAAUUCUUAAGUAUGAUGCACUUACUCACCCGUUCCGCGAAGAACUGCAGAAUUAGAAGAUGGUAAAAGCCGGGCCCAUACCAGCGUCUGCCGGUGCAUCUAACCGCUGCCUCCCGGCCGAGCGGGUGCCGAUCUUGAGCGCUUUAGAGGCAUACGAGCUUGGAAUACGGAUAUUCCCCGACACCAUAGAGUUCCUCGAGACCGAGCCUGGAGUCUCAUAUAAGAGGAAAUUCGGCAUCCAAAACUUGCGCAGAAGUAGCGUCAAAGUCAUCUUUCCAAACGUCACGCACACGACAAAAGAUCACUACCUAAGCUACCCGCACUACCAUCUGCUGCUGGGCGGGAAAGGCGAGACCAUCUCGGACGUCGGCCCCGGCCUGCAGAAGGUGGCCACGCUCGUCUUCAAGUGCACCGACUCAGAGCAGAAGCACGACGUGGCCAAAAUUCUCAUCGGCGAAGAGUUCAGCAUACACAUACCGAUCGUAUGCUCGCCGGUGCGUCCCGUACUGAGCGCGCCGAGCGUGGUCAACUUCGGCGAGCUGCCGUCAGAUGGCACGCCGAUCACGAGGCGUCUGACCGUGGAGAACCGCGGCCGGCGGCCCGGCCAUUGGGAGAUCGAGUACGCGGGCGGCACGCGCGUGACCUUUGACCCGUGCCGCGGACUGAUCCGGCCCGCACAAAAAGAAACCAUCCAGGUGGAGCUGAUCCCGGAGUCGGAAGGGUGCAUCAGCGAGACAGCCAGAUUCGUCGGCCAGGAGAUGGCGCCACUGGAGGUGCGCAUUGUCGGUCACGUGACCAAGAGUGCACUGCAGGUGCUGGAGCCCUCGGGGCAGACGCCACUCCGCCUGGUGGACUUUGGUGCCGUGUACUACGGCACCAAGCACCAGCGCCAGGUGGUGCUGCACAACGCGGGCGUACGGCCUAUCUGCUACAGCGUCAGCUGGUCCCCGAACCAGCCCGGACAGGAGCUGGCGGUCGAUCUCACUCAGUGCCAUCUGGCGGCGUUCUCUGAGGAAAAAGCCGAAGACGUCAGCGUGAGUGGACGCUGCGACGAUCCGGAGCACUGUUUCCGUGUCGACCCCGCCUUCGGCAAGAUCAUGGCGAAGGGACAGCAGCUGCUCACAGUCGACUUCACACCACGAGCGUACCCGCCGGAGAAGGGGUUCCGCAGCGUGUACCAGUCGCCGCCGCGCCGCGACUACUGCCUGUUCCUCACCAUAGAGCCCUCCAUCGCCGACCUGGACCAGAACCUAGAGUUCGGCAAGGUGUAUCUCGGAGUGAAGGCCACUUCCCUCCCGGUGAUGUUUGAGUUUGAGCCCCGUCGGGCUAAUUUUCCGGAAUCCCACCCAGGACAGCAUAUACAGAUGCCAUGCAAGCUGACCAACAAGUCGAAGGUCCUGCCACUGAGGUUCACGUUCAGCGACAUCGCUCAUUUUCGGGUGAGCUCGAGAAAAGGAGUGCUGAAGCCGGAGGAGACCAGGAAACUGUACAUUUUGUGCAAGCCAACCCAAAUCGGGCCGCUCUCCCGCCACGUGCUGCUGGACGCGCUCGGCGUCGACACCGAGCCGGGCCGGGAGGGGGCGCCCGCGCAGGCCCAGGACCGGCUGCUCGUGUCCGCCAGGCUGCGCGUGGCCACGUACUGCGCUCCCAUCACGCCCGAGAAGCAGCCGCUCUUCGUGCCCGGCAUCACACCACUGUGGGGCCACAACGAGACGGGGCUGAACGCCGAGGCGCUGCGGCCGGGCCGGGGUGACGCGCCUGCCUGCAGCCUGGCGGCCACGCGGGCCGCCCGCCACCGCUGGGUGCGCUGGGCCUCCAUCGGAGAGGAGCAGCGCUCGUUCCUGGCGCUGCCCAACGACAGGGCAGCCAGCAUCCGACCGUACCAUGGACCGGCUCCAAUCAGGACAAUUUUCACCGGUCAGCCGCGGUACACAUACCUGGACCCUCAGUACCAGUACAAGGCCGAUGAGUGGCGUCACAUCCUGCUGAACGAGGCCCGGUACCAGGAGUACAUCGACGACUGCCGAAUGGAGCGCUGGCUCCAGCUGCUGGAGCAGGAGCGGCAGCUGUACGACGGACAGGAGAACGACAAACUGCUCAUCAAGACGGCGACCCACUUCCUGGGCGAGGGGUUCAGAUCGCUGAUAAAGAUGUGGAGCACCGUGUGCAGCAGGGAGCGUCGCCGCCUGCUGAGGCUGAAGGCCCACGUGGAUGGCGCGCCUGCUCCGGGCCUAAACAAAAUGGAGGAGGAUGACUCCACGGGCCACUGCAGUCUCGAAAUCCUGGAGAAAUACGACGAGCGGCCGAAGAGCCAGGAAACGCGAGACGCCUGUCAACGGGAGCUCACCUGCGUGGAAAUAGCUAAAGUCAAGAUUUGCAACAAACUGCUCAACUUUGGUGAGGUGGCGCAGAACGUCUGGGCGUGCCGCACUCUGGACGUACGCAACCCGCUGGAGCGGCCCGUGCUGUUCCGGCUGCACGUGGACUGCAAGGAGCUGGAGCACACGACUCCCACGUCGGCCGUGGUGCUGCCCCGCUCGGUCGUCCGGCUGCCGGUCGUCUUCCAGUGCAGCACCAAACAGGAGUACAAACGGGUGAUAAAGUACUCCAUCAACGGUACCUGUCUGGACAACGUGCUCGUGGUGGCGACGGUCGUCAGAAUGCGUCUGGACAUCUCCACCACCAACCUGCACUUCAACUGCGCCAACCUCGUCUCCGUCUCGCCGGGCGUCUACCAGAUGGUAGUGGUGCUACGGAACUCUCUGAACGGCGUCGGCGAGUACCGCUGGCGCCAGGCGGGCGGCGACCAGGGCGGCGUGUUCAGCAUCAAGCCGGCCCACGGCGUCAUCGACCCGUACCACAGCCAGCGCUGCCUGGUCACGUUCCGGCCGGCCGCGCGGCUGCGCCAGGCGCACGCGGCUACAUUCGCGUGCCACGUGACCGGCGGCGACGUGCUGGAGCUGGCGCUGAGCUCCGAGCUGGGGGCGCCGCGGCUCCGGCUCACCGACGACCGGCUGCAGCUAGAGGGCCUACCGCUGUAUCAGGUGCGCCGCUGCACGCCGCGGCUCUACAACGUCGGUGCAGUGGACGCAUUCUUCUCGGUGUCCGAUCCGCGGCCGGGCCCGGGCGUGAGCGUGUCGCCGGCCGACGGCGUGGUGCCGGCCGGCGGCUCCGUGACUCUCGUCGUCACCCUGGUGCCGGUCAGUCUGUGCCGUUUCGACUGCCCGGUGCGCGUGCUGGUGCGCGACGGCCAGGCGGUGACGCUGGGCAUCAGCGGCCGCGUGGAGGCGCCGGAGGUGAGCAGCGACUGCGGCGCCCUCUACUUCGGCGGCGUGCACUGCGGCAGCAGCGUCAGCCAGGUCUUUCACCUGGAGAACCGCACCAAGAUCCCGGCCACGCUCGAGCUUGACCUGCGCGAGCACGCCGAGUUCGCGCUGGCCGGCCUGUUCGAGGCGGCGCGCGACCAGUCUGUGGUCGAGACGGACGACCACCGGUACAUCCUCCGCGUCGGCGCCGGCCAGCUGCUGCCCGUCAGCUGCCGCUUCGCGCCGCACUCGCUCGCCAACCACGGCUUCGUGCUGGCGCCGCUGCUGCACGCGCCGGACGAGGUGCGCGCCGUCGGCUCCUCGCGCCGACCCUCGCAGGCCACCGCGUCCAUGGCCGAUCGGCUGUCCAAGCCGAGGCGCGGUCAGGCAAGUCGGGCGGAGGCCGUGGUGCGGCUGCCGUCGCUCAAGGUGAUCGCCACGGCGCUCAAGCAGCCGGUGCUGCUGAAGCCACAGACGCUGCGCUUCGACAUCGGCGCCGACCUGCUCGAGAAGUGCUUCAAGGUCACGAAGCGCGUCACCAUCGCCAACAACCUGAGCCGCGACAUCAAGGUGGUCAUCAACGCCAAGUCCAACGACUGCUUCCGCGUGGGCCAGCCGGACGCGGCGACAGGCUCGCGCGGCAUCAUCGAACACCAGCUGGCCGUCGGCGAGGAGAUGAAGCUGCCAAUCACGUUCGCCACCUCGUUCCUGUACCCGACGCACCCGACGACGGUGCGCGCGCACCUGCCCGUGUACGUGGACGCGCUGGACCAGCCGGCCGUGACGCUGGACAUCCUGGCCGAGUGUCGGCCGGCACACAUCACCACGGCGCCGCGCACGCUCUUCCUGGGCGCCGUGCCGCUGGACAUGGCCGUCUCCUCCGACCUGAACGUCGUCUGUCACAACUACCAGCAGCCGGAGGAGCUCAGCGUCAGCGUCAGCUUCGCCGAGGUACACCCGGCCGACACAGUAGAGCUGCCGUCCAUCACGUGGCGCUUCCCGAGCUCGGCGCGCGUGGCGGCCGGCCGGUCUUCGCAGCUGGUGCCGCUGGUGGUAAGCUUCACCGCUACGCGGCCCGUCUCGGUGAGCGCGCGCCUGGAGAUCAGCGACCAGAGCGGCCGCGUCGCCAGCCUGCUGCUGCUGGCCAGCGCCGACAACUGCCUGCUCACCACCUACUCGUUCCUCAGCCUGCAUCCGGAGCGGUACCAGGGCUGGCUGGCCAUGCAGAGCCGGCCAGCGGAGGCGGCCGGCUCACAGGAGCUCGACUCUGGUCAUCGGCCAGCCGGUGUGGCGUCCACCACGUCGGCGGCGGCUGCGGGCGGCGGCGGCGGCGAGCCGGUGCCCGAGUGUGACGUGGUGGAGCCGCCGGCGCGCGUCGCCUCUGUCUCCAGCGUGGCUUCCGAGCCGCUGGAUAUGGACCCGCUGCCCAUGGACGUCGUGCUGCCCACGGGCUCCACCACCGAGUUUCCCCGGUUCCCCACCGGCAGCGCCGUGGAGGAGUUCUUCCAGGCCACCUACGACGCCAUCGAGAUGUGGUUCGUCAACUUUGGCUUCCCGAACGGCACGUUUCCCUACGAGCUGUACACGCACCUGCCGGAGUGCAUGAGCCACUCGCAGCAGCCCAGCAAGUUCUCCAAGGAGGAAAAGGCGCAAGCGCAAAUGUGGCAGACUUUGGGCGACUCUGUCGCAUAUCUCAGCAACAAGAAGAUCCCGCAAGAUAUUGCAGAGGAUGAUGCCGAUUUCGGUGAUAAUCGCAGCACAAUUUUGAUUUACAUCAAAAGAAACCGAGCGAUCCUUGACUUCCUGAAAAAGGAGGGUGCGCUACUGGCGCACGUCAGACCAGAAUUUUUGCUACGGUACGAAGACUUUCAGAUACUGCUUGAGGUUAUUGAAGAAAUACAGGAGAGCCGUGGCACGACCGGGCUCGACGUGGUAGUGAACGGCUCCUCUAUUGAUGCCGGUAUCUCCGCCGGCAAUUUGCAGACUAAGGACUCCUCGCCGUCCAUGUCAUCCACAGUCGCCUCCCUCAAUGACGUGGCGAAGCACCUCCUCGAUCCGAACAUUAUUGCCGUGUAUGGAGCCUUCCGGGACAGCAGGCAGUUUAAGGAUAUUUCCAAGGCGGCUUGGAUGGAUAUCCUUCUGCAGGUGUUCCGUAGGUUCAUCCUGCAGACAGUCGUGAAGCCAUCCAGCGUCACUCUGUGGCCGGAGAUGUCAGAGACGGACGCCAAGUACAUGCCGCAGGACAUAGAUCCCUUCGAGAGCAAUAUCUAUAGCGUGCAGGAGCGCCUGCUGCUGGCCUGGAUGACCUGGUCAUACAACAGCCAGAUGCGUCUGCUGUGGGACACCGACGUCUCCGACGACCACUGCAUCACCAACUUCGACGCCGACCUAGACAACGGCGUGGUGCUGUGCGCCCUAUUUGCCUCCUACUGCCCGUUCCUGCGCGACCAUCUGAAGACUGAGGUGUACGCGCGGCCCUCCACCCCGGAGCAGGCGUUCCACAACUGCGUCAUCGUCGCCGAGACGUGCUCGCUGCUCAACCUGGACACGCGUCUCAACCCGUCGGCCAUCAUGGACGCCAACCCGGUGGCCAUGAUCCUGCUGGUGACGGCGCUGUACGAGAAGCUGCCGCUGUACUGGCCACGAGAGGCUAUCCAGUUCCGGCCGGAGUUGGGCUCCAGCCAGGCGCGCCAGCUUCACAUGCGCAACACCAACAACCGCGUCGUUGUCUAUGAGGUGAAGAUGCUGGGCGGCGAGCGCGGUGUGUUUCACGUGCAAGGCGGCCCGGAAAUCGCCGUCGGGCCGCGCCGCACCCUCGACGUCACCGUCCAGUGCAGCGUGCACCGCAUCAAGCAGUACUCAGCCACGCUACUGCUGUGCCCCAAGUCGACGGUGGCGCCGCGGCCGAAGCCGCUGGUCUACCCGCUGGCCGGCGGACCGCUCGGCACCUCGGCGCCGACCGUCGUCGACGUCGUUUCGCCGCUCUACAGCUGUCGCCAGGUGCGCGUCGACGUGCCCAACCCGCUCAAGGAGAGCGGCGACUUCACCGUCCGGCUGACGGACAAGCCGCAGGGCGACCUCGACCUCGACACGUGGCUGCGCGGCGGCGUCGAUGCGUUCCCCGUGAUCGCGCUCACUCGGCCCGUGGCGCUCAAGGCGCGCGGCAAGUCGCGCGUCGACGUCACGCAUAUGCCGUGGGCGGCGCGAUGUCGCGACUACUACGCACUCUUCUCGAACGCGGCACUGGGCGACUUCGUCGUGUGCUUCCGCUCGUCGCCGACCGACCCGGAGCCGUUGGCGGCCGUGUGGAUGCCCCCGUAG